AUGGUCUCUCCCAAGACUCUCUUUGCCACCGUUCUUGCUCUGGGCGCUUCUGCCAUUCCUUUGCAGUCGCGUGAAGGGAACCAGCCCAAGCACAGCCUGGACAAGUCUCACGAGGUCCAUAAUGCUCUUGACCUCACCACCACCUAUUCCAACCCGAACGAGAAGAGAGACUGUGUCUGGAACGACGGACACGGCGAUAUCGCUUGCGGCUACUUCAGCGUCGUCUUUGGAGACAACUCUGUUGGUGGCUCCAAAGGAACCGUCACCAUCAGGGGUGAGACCUGGAAGACCGAGGGCAGGCUCGACUGUGGAAAUGACAACUGGACCACCUUCACCAGUCCUCUCCCUUACACCGUCGACAUCCACGGUGGGAACGCCUGCCACACCACCAUCUCUGGCCACUGGGACAACACUUGGAUCAAGUACGCGGCUCAGUAUCUCGAUGUCCCGAGUGACACUCGUUGCGGUGAUGUUGGGACCUUGAACAAGUCGAGACGGUGCAUCAUUCCCGCUUGA